AGAAAGGCGGCGAUCGCAACUCAAUUGCUUCUUCGAGAUACUUGCGCGACUGCUGCUACUACUACUGCUUCAGUUGGCCCUCACGAUCCACGAUCAGUGGCUUUCCAUCCGCCGCCUGACAUCCGUUUCCCUUGUUCCUCCCUUGUUCCAUUGACUCACCGCUCGCUUCUGCUCUGUUCCGACUGCGCUUUCAGCAGUCUGCCCCAGCGUCGCGCUUCGAACUAAGGCCUUCCACCCAUCCACCCCUUCAUCUUCGACACACCACUCAUUACUUGCCAUCCAGCCGGCUAAGGGCUCCUAUCCAACCGCGGUCUUCUUCGAGCUACACCUUUUCCCUGUCUACCACUCCGAAUCUUAACGGCGGGAUCACCAGCAUCGCGGUACUCUGUUACUGCGACCGGCCAAGAUGGCCGUCUUCGACGCGGCGUCGGUGCUGCAGUCCUUGCCCAUAGCUACACGAUCAUUGAGCAUCGCAUUAGUGUCGCUUUCACUACUGCUCUUCGUCUUGCGGAUAACCCUAUCUCCGGCCGAUGCUCGAUUACACAUCCUCAGCUGGUCGCACAAAGACAGCGCUACGCUGUUCCCAGCAUUGGUCCUGGUCCCAGGCACCAGUUGGGUCUACCCUUGGACACUCAUCACCUCUUCAAUCUGCGAAACCACCGUGGCCGAGUUUCUCAUCAGCAUCGUCUCGCUACCUCUGGCCGGAAGAUAUUUGGAAAGAUUAUGGGGGCCCAUAGAAUUGGUCAAAUUCGUAGGGGUGGUAUUGGUCGGGUCCAACGUGAUUGCUUGGUUCUUGGCGGUGCUGGCCUACUUGGUGUUCCGAGGCGAGAGAGGCAUGUACGGCACACAGUAUCAUGGCCUCAUGGCGCUACAGACGGGCUUUCUUGUCGCGCUCGCACAACUCAUUCCUGAACAUCAAAUCCAGCUAUUCCACGGUAGAGUUCGCAUCCGUGUCAGGGAUUUGCCAAUGGCCUACGUGACUCUGUCGAACGUGCUCUGCCUGGUCGGAGAGCUGUCACCCUUCAUCCUCAUUCAAUUCGGCUGGCUCAUUUCUUGGGCCUACCUCAGAUUCUUUAAAGCCGGAGAGGGAGGGAUUCGUGGGGACAGAUCUGAGACAUUCUCCUUCGUCAGCUGGUUCCCGCCAUUCCUCCACAAGCCCGUAGGAGCGCUAUCAAACCUGCUGUAUCCCUUGUUCGUCAAGCUAGGCAUCGUUCAGCCUUGGUCAUACUCUGCCUUGGGAGACGUUGAACUAGGGGUAGGAAGGGAGCUGCCAGGAAGGAGCAACAGCGGAGCUGAGGCAGAGAGGAGAAGGGCGAUGGCUCUUAAAGCGCUCGACAGUAGGGCUGUGCCCAGACCCGGAAGCAGUGGGGGCGCAAACGCAUCAGGAAGCAGCAAGGGCCCGGGGGAUGCUGCGGGUGCGCCUGCAGCGUCAAGCACAGCCUCUGCCGCGGACGAGAAGAAAGCUUUGGCUGCUGCUCAGGCUGUCGGCAGCAGCGGCAGCACAUCUGUGCCUUCCGUCGUGGUGUCACGAGCAAAGGAGGAUGAACACGAUGCGGGUGAUAUUGGAGCUAGGAAGGACGAUGAUGAUGAUGAUGAUGAUGACUGGAAUUGA